GCCCGCCGGCGGCCGCCACCGCCGCUGAAACUUAACGCCCGGCGCGCCGCCUGCCCGCCGAGCGCAGGGGGCUGGGGCAGCCUGCCUGCCGUGCCGGGGGCGGUCCGCCCGCGCCCCGCCGCGCACCGCAGCCUCGCCCCGGGAGCUGCCGCCGUGGGGAGAGGCUGAAGGACGGAGCCGGCUGCGCCCGCCCCGGUUGCCAGGGAGAAAAGGGAUAUUUUUCUCAACUGUGAAGAAGAACCUUCAUUCAAGAUUCCCCUGUGAACACUGCAUUGAUGCCAAUCAUAUAAGAGGCGUGGAGUCCUGAAUAAACAAAGAGAAGAGAGUUAAGCACACAUUCUCUAUUCUGAACACUUACCCAGGAGUUAAAAUGGUGAGUGAAAGUCAUCAUGAGGCCCUGGCAGCGCCGCCAGCGACCACUGUAGCAGCAGCCCCUCCAAGUAAUGUCACCGAGCCAGCCAGUCCGGGAGGAGGGGGAGGAAAAGAAGAUGCAUUCUCCAAGCUAAAAGAGAAGUUCAUGAAUGAACUGAACAAAAUUCCACUGCCACCUUGGGCCUUAAUAGCCAUAGCCAUAGUUGCAGUCCUAUUAAUCCUCACCUGCUGCUUUUGUCUCUGUAAGAAAUGCUUGUUCAAAAAGAAGAACAAGAAGAAGGGAAAGGAGAAGGGAGGGAAGAAUGCUAUUAACAUGAAAGAUGUUAAAGAUUUAGGGAAAAGCAUGAAGGACCAGGCUCUUAAGGAUGAUGAUGCUGAGACUGGGCUGACUGAUGGGGAAGAGAAGGAAGAAGCUAAAGAAGUUGAGAAGCUAGGGAAAAUACAAUAUUCUUUGGAUUAUGACUUCCAGAACAAUCAGCUUCUGGUUGGGAUUAUUCAAGCAGCUGAGCUGCCUGCAUUAGAUAUGGGUGGUACAUCUGAUCCCUAUGUGAAAGUCUUCCUGCUGCCUGAUAAGAAGAAGAAAUAUGAGACAAAAGUCCACAGAAAGACCCUUAACCCUGUUUUCAAUGAGCAAUUUACAUUCAAGGUGCCAUACUCUGAGCUGGGUGGAAAAACUUUAGUGAUGGCAGUUUAUGACUUUGAUCGUUUCUCCAAACAUGAUAUCAUUGGGGAAUAUAAAGUUGCAAUGAACACGGUGGACUUCGGUCAUGUCACUGAGGAGUGGAGGGACUUGCAAAGUGCAGAGAAAGAAGAGCAAGAAAAGCUGGGUGAUAUCUGCUUCUCCCUCCGUUAUGUGCCUACUGCUGGCAAGCUGACUGUCGUCAUUCUGGAGGCGAAGAACUUGAAGAAGAUGGAUGUCGGUGGACUAUCAGAUCCCUAUGUGAAGAUCCAUCUGAUGCAGAAUGGUAAGAGGCUGAAGAAGAAAAAGACUACAAUUAAAAAGAACACUCUGAAUCCCUACUACAACGAGUCUUUCAGCUUUGAAGUACCAUUCGAGCAAAUUCAGAAAGUGCAAAUUGUUGUGACUGUUUUGGACUAUGACAAGAUUGGCAAGAACGAUGCCAUCGGGAAAGUCUUUGUGGGCUACAACAGCACCGGCGCGGAGCUGCGGCACUGGUCAGACAUGCUGGCCAACCCCCGGCGGCCCAUUGCACAGUGGCACACCCUACAGCCCGAGGAGGAGGUAGAUGCCAUGCUGGCAGUCAAGAAAUAA